AUGUUGUUUUGGUUUAUGUUGGCUGUUGGGUAUGUGGCGGGGCAAGAUAGAGUUUGUAGCGGCCAGCCGGAACUGGGGAAUACGACAAAUGGAGUGAAACCAGAGAUAAGGUACUGGUUCGAUUCUGAACGUAUGGAAUGCUUCCCAUUCCUAUACAAAGGAUCAUGCGGAAACGGAAACCGCUACACCACUUCCGGCGACUGCUAUAGUGCCUGCAUGCCGCUAGACUACAGUAGCUGCGGUUUUGGCAUCGAGAAUGUUGGCCUGUGCGCGACGUUUGAGCAGCGAGAAUGUGCUUCUAAGGAUGCCGUCUGCCACAUGGGAGCCUUUUUUGGUUUUUGCUGCCCAAAAGCUGCGAUGGACCGUGCCAACAACCCAAAAUGCCCAAACGCUAAAACCGUCGUGAAACAGGCAGAUUCGACCACUUGGACGCUGAUGGGCCGGAAGUGUAGCCAUCAAUUCUGCCCUUCAGGAUCGACCUGUGUUGACGGCGAGUUCUACGCUUAUUGCUGCAAA